CUGGGAGGACUGGCAGACAGAGGAGAAGGGAUAUUGGCAAGGUAAUUAAGAGCAGCAGCAGCAGAUUUCCAAGGAGACAUAAGUGGGUAUGACGACGGUGGCUCAGGCAAUCGAUGCGACCUGGAGGCUAUGGUCAAAUCGGGUAAGCAAGGCCGAUCUGGUUCCUGGGGAUCACAUCUACUCAUGGAGGAAAGGAUACAUGUAUGCGCAUCAUGGAAUUUACGCCGGAGAUGGCAGGGUACUUCAUUUCACCAAUGGGAAAGAGGAGGUGGCGUUCCGCGGCGCUUGGUCUUUUCUUCGGGGCAUAUCGUCGAAGCCACCUGUGUCAGAUCAUGAGCCGUGCGCAGCCUGCAACGCAGCUUUCAGGUCGAGAAUCGAGGGAGGGAACGGCGUAAUCGAGACCUGUUUGUUGUGUUUUCUCGACGGCAGAAACUUGUAUAGAUUCAAGUACGGGGUCAAACCGUUGACUUUCUUAGCGAAGGUGAGAGGGGGCACUUGCACCAUGGCCACCACAGAUAACCCAGCGGAAGUCCUGGAAAGAGCGCGGUACCUGUUGGAACAUGGAUUUGGCGAUUACGAUGUGUUUAGCAACAACUGUGAAGAUUUUGCGAUCUACUGCAAAACUGGCUUGCUGAUGACAAAGUCGGAGCUGGGCAGAAGCAGCCAGGCGGCUUCUGCGGGUCUCAUUCCUGCGUCAGCGCUCAUGUCAGCAUCCGGCAGACUGCUUACCGCAAACCCGCUGGGAGCAGUCGCCGUAGCCGUCGGAUUGUACCUCUGGGGUCGGUAUACCGUUGACGUUGGGGUUCGUGAUGACGUCAUCAGAGUUGACGCGGAGGAGUUGGUGACCCAUCUAAGACGAGGGAGGGGAAGACCAUUUGGUAUGGAUCGGACGGAGGGAGGGCUAUCACAUUCUCUACGAAUGGGGACACAUCGGACGGAGGCGUUGAUAGACUACCUUCUGCGUGAACAAGACAAACUUCUUAAUGGCAGCAGGAUGGGUGGGAGGCAGGAGGGGCAGUCGGUGUGCGCCGAAGGAUCCCCCGCCACCUCUUGGUCUUCAGCUACCUCCAAACGAGCGAACAGGAUUUGACAGACGGAGAAGCAGACCCUUAAACCGCCAGUACCCAUCCCAGCUACCGUGUGCUCACCCACCGGUUGAUGCCGGUGGAGCUUGGUAGGCCUUGUCAAAACGAGUCUUUGGGAUGUGAGGGUUGGGCAAAAAUGAAAUGCGCAUCGGAAAAAGCCGUUAGUGGUGGGGAGGUACUAACGGCUUAACGGUGUAAGGCAUACACAGACCGCGAUUUUCUGGACCGGAUCUUAGUCUGCAGUGUUAUCUCUGCCUGUCAAGAUUCCAUGUCCAUUUUGACCCAGCAGUCAGAGCCUAAAGUUUGACUGUUGUUUGACUGUGUGGCUGCGAGCUGGGAAACGGCAGUUGGUGAACGCUAGCUUGGCCCUCUCAUGAUUCAAUGUCCAAAACAAAACAAAAAAAGGACAUGUGGCCCUGUCAUGAUUUAAUGUCCAUUUCAGAGGCUUGCUUGCAUUCGACAGUCGUUUUGACUUCAACUUCGCCUCGGACUUGCGACUGGGCUCAUAAAUGGGCUGUACAGGAGUGGGCAGUGGGCAGUUACGGUAAAUCCAACCGGUACCUGUACGGCGAUUGUCUCGCCUGGCCCGUUCAGCUCCUUCGGGCCUGGCUUUCCUCUGGGUGGAAAAUCCCUCUCCCAUCAGAAGAGGUGGGCAUACAGUAUCAACUCCUUGAUGCGUCAUUGCUUCGGGAUGAAGAAACUUGCUGUUCAAUGACAAGAGGUGGGCAUGCGUUGUACUGUAUUAUUAUGGGAGAACCUGGUGUGGUUAGAAGUGGCUCUUGUCGGUCUCUGAGUACACUCAUAAUUAUGCCAAUCAAAGGCCGUCGGCGCAAAAACGAGUGAUUCUCCCGGAGGACCGAGGGCUAUUCUCAAUAGCUGUCUCCUAGGGAGCAUGUCUUGUCAGCGUAAAAGCGUACGUCAGUACCCUACAGCAGCCUUACGGCAAAAGGUACUGGUGCUUUAAAAUACCGUCAUCAGCCAUGAGUCAUGACGGCUGGCCAUCAACAGGCACAAAACCUACUUUCCCAAUGGCUACCCCACGGUAAGUAGCUAUCAGGAUAGCUAUUUUCUGGCUAUCAUCUGGCUAUUUUCUGGCUAUUCUCUGGCUAUUCUCUUGUCCUUGUGUUAUUUUCUUUUUUACCUUGACCUCUCGGUCUGAUUGGCUCUUCUCCUGAUUUGGCUGCCUUUUGGUCUUGUCCUGACUGGAUUCUCCCUUGCCUUGUCAACGACCGGACAUUUGUAUCGUCAACAUUGAUGGGCUCCUCCACAUUUCUUGCAUCUUCUUUUCCCUGUCGAAUCUCACCCCCGGAUAUCGGGAAUCGAACCCAUAACCUCUUCCCCCCGGAUAUCGGGAAUCGAACCCAUAACCUCUUCCCCCCGGAUAACGGGAAUCGAACCCAUAACCCCUCGUACGGCUGCGAGAACCUUAGUUGAUUGCUGCCGAGAUCGCCAGCACUGUAACGAUGAUGACCGUGGCUGUAUCACUAAGAAGUUAGCAGAAGCUAGAAGUUUAGAACUGAUCCUUGAUCAGUCGGUACUUUCCUGUUGCUGAAAUAACCUUCUUGAUGCCGCAAUCUGCCAAGCGUUGUUCCGAAAGCGGUUGCAGCUUGUUGAUGGUGUGUGGUGUAGGUUUUGGGUAGAGCAAUUGUGAAAUAGAUCGCAUUCAAGACUUGAUCGCUUCGAUGAAUGUAUGAUCGGUAGCCUCGUGCAUGUCGUCUUGCAAAAGUUUCUUGGAUAUCGUAAGAUGAUGUCACAGCACGCGACAUCCUGCGGGCAGGAUGUUAUCGUUUGCUGUCCCUUAUUGUCUCCAUGUGAGGUUGUAUAUAAGGGUAUAUAUUGGUGCAUGGAGAAGAAAGGGGGUAGAAAGAAACGAAGGGGAAGUCUUUACUGCUGGCUCCGACUCUCACGGACUGUUAUCCGACAUACUGGCUGAGGCGGUCGUCAGAUUGUAGAACAUCGGUGAUGCCGCG